CACAAAAACAAAACACGGUUUUCACAAUAUUUUAGUAAUUUGUUAAUAUUUGAUAAAUUGGUAUUGAAUUCGUGUUUUUUUAAAUGGCAACUGAAGAGGAGCAACUUAGCCAGGUAAUACUGCCGGUCAAAGAGCCGCUAGACCUAAUUCGCCUGAGCUUGGAUGAGAAGGUGUACGUAAAAAUGCGCAAUGAGCGGGAGUUGAGAGGACGCCUACACGCCUUUGAUCAGCAUUUGAAUAUGGUGCUAGGCGAUGCUGAGGAAACAGUAACCACCGUUGAAAUCGAUGAAGAAACAUACGAAGAGGUGUACAAAACUACAAAACGCACUAUACCCAUGCUGUUUGUGCGGGGGGACGGCGUUAUAUUGGUGUCCCCUCCUAUGCGAGUGGGCUAGAGGGAUAGACGGUGACAGGAUUAGAUGAACUGUCACACGGUGUUUAUUAGGAAUGCUGCAUUUUUUCUUAUUGUAUUUAAUUGCUUUAAAUAAAGUGCU